AUGGAUUCAGCGCUCGUGCAGCAGCAGUUGUCGGAGAGCGGCGCGCGCAGUCGUCACGACGCAGCACUCGUCGCCGUGCAUUGCGCGCUGCUCUCUCAGGGCUUUGUCGUUGUCUCUUCUUCUGCUAAUACUCCUGCUGCCAGAGCGUCCGGCGAUGGCGAUGGCGCUGACGCGAGCUCGAACGUUGCCUCGUCGACCGCGUCAUCAGCCUCGCUGAGCAUCUCCGGCGCACUUCCUCCCAACUGGAACGCGAGCACUUCGUCCAAUGCGACAGAUGAUGCAAACGCAGACAUUUACGUCGUGCGCUACUGCUUUGGCGCACUCACAAACGCCGUCUUUGAGCUCAAAGCACUCGUCGUCGCGAGUCGGCUGCUCGUCCACAUUGUUGCUCCGGCUGAUUCGAGCACCGUUUCAGAUGAGAUUGACGUUUCUGGAUUGGACAUUUCCACUGCUUCCACUUUGAUGCCUGUCAUCAAGCGAACGGUGGACAAUGUUGCUCGUUCUCUCCGAUGCAAGCACACACCUGCCACAGAUCCACCAGCGCCUUCCUCAUCAAAUGCAGCUUCUACUGCAGCAUCGCGAUCUCCUUCCGCCAGUUCCAACCUAUCAGAUCCUUUGCGGAUGCCAACAAGAGGCGGAUAUUACCCGUACGAUCCUUUGUCUGUUGGAGAGGGCGAUCGUCGGCCUGUUUAUUCUCCUACGUACGGAUUGCUCAAACAAUUUGAAUUUCACAUUUUUGUGGCGCUCAUGCCCCCUCCAGGCGUGCGCCCCGCGCCAGGGUUUCUCCCUCCCGGUGCCGUGCCACCUGGAGCUCGUUUUGAUCCAAUUGUAGGGCCUGUUGGACCUGGCAACGGCUGGCCAGGUGGCGUGCGACCGAGCGGUUACCGCCCGGCGCAACGCGGACCUCGCUCCGAUCCCGAUCCAGACCACCUUCCUCCUCCAGGAUACGGGGACAUGUUCAUGUAA